AUGGAAUGUUCAAAAAAGCGACCAAGAAAUUUUGAUAAGGAUUAUGAAACCUCUAUUUCUAGCAGUGUUGGAAAAUCUAUUAUAACUACAACAUCAACAUUAACAUCAAAGAAAAGUGAGAAAUAUGUUACUCAAUCUAAGAAGAAUUCGGAGGGUGGUCGUGCAAGGGAGAGGUCUACACUUGUUUCUUGGUUGAUAAGGAAUCGAGUUUUAUCUCCGGGGACUAAAGUGACUUGUCGUGGAAGAAAUAAUAUUGUCAAGAGAGGGCGUUUAUCUUAUGACGGUAUAGUUUGCGAUUGUUGUAAUGUUAUUUUUCCUAUCACUAAAUUUGAGGCUCAUGCGGAUUGUACAAGACAUAGACCAUCCACUAGUAUUUUGUUGGACGAUGGAAGAUCGUUGUUAAAAUGUCAAAAGGAUGCUUUGAGUUUGCGUGAUCAGCGUGAUCAAAAUAAAAAUCAUUUUGUUGUCGAAGAGAAUGUUGAAGCAAAUAACGAUAGUGUUUGUUUAGUUUGUGGUCUUGGAGGUGAUAUAAUUCUAUGUGAUCGAUGUCCUUCUUCAUUUCACAUUAGUUGUUUAGGACUCGAUCAUGUUCCUGAGGAUGAUUGGUUUUGUUCAACCUGUUGUUGCAAAGUAUGUCGCCGACCCAAAUGCAAACAAGAGUGUAAAGAUCACAUGGAUAAUAAUGUUCUUGUUUGUGCUCAAUGUGCGCAAAGGUAUCACUUUGGAUGUUUAAAGUUUAUAGACUUUGGAUUAUGGUAUGUGGAGAGUAAUAAGAAAAAGAAGGAUUGGUUUUGCAGUUUAGUUUGUGGAAACAUAUUCUUAGACCUGAUGAAGUUGUUAGGGAAACCAAUUGAGGUUGCAGAUAACAUAACUUGGACAUUAGUGAAAAAUGUGAGUAGUGAUAUAGAUGAUGAUAAUGGAGAUAUUGGUGGAGGUUUUACUUCUAAUAAGUUGAUUGCGGCCCUUAGUUUAUUGUAUGAAAGUUUUAAUCCAACUAUCGAUGUUUUAUCAGGAAGAGACUUGAUUAAAGAUUUGAUAUUUAGCAGAGAAUCAAAAAACAAUCGCUUGAAUUUUUCUGGGUUCUUUACUGUCAUUUUAGAGAUAAAUUGCGAGGUGAUUACGGUGGCAACUAUAAGGAUUUAUGGGCAAAAUGUUGCGGAGAUAGUUUUCGUGGCCACCAAAGAACAAUAUCGAGGACGAGGAAUGUGUCGAUUGUUACUGAAUGAGCUCGAGAAACAAUUGAUUGUCUUAGGUGUUGGGAGCUUGAUUCUGCACUCCUCUGAGGAUGCAAUAAAUACUUGGACAAAAUCGUUUGGUUUUGUUAGAAUAACUCCUAGAGAGAAGCGUCAGUUUAUUGAUUACACUUUUUUAGAAUUUGAGAACACUAUCAUGUGUCUUAAAUCUUUGAAAUGA